CUUUUUUCCUUUUUCUUUCCUUUUUGUUUCCUCUUUCCUUUAUAUAUAUAUAUAUUGAAUAAAUUCACUUAUUUUCGUUUUAUCUAUGGUUUUUUGAUUAAAUGUUUUCUCUCAAACGCAACAAAAAAUAUGCAACAAAUACCAUCGAAACUCAGCAAGUAUCAAGCAACAAAUUAUCACGCUUCUUCAACAAACUUACUCAUUCCAUAACACCUCAACAUGAAUUAAAAAAACCUUCUAUUACCAAUCUAUCAUCAUUAUUUAAAAGUGAUAGUUAUAUACCAGUGAUAAGGCAGGAUUCUAUAUUGGACAAAGACAAAUGUUUUGAACGACAACGUUAUCACAAAACCAAUCAAAUAAAAGUCAAAGAAGAAUCAACAUCAUCACAAACGAUACCUAGUAUUUUAAUAAGAAGACCUUCUCUCACAACAUCAUCAUCAUCUUCUUCUUCUUUGGUUGAAACAUCAAAAUACUUCUCAUCAUCUAGCAUUGACAACAAAAACAAUAGUAAUAUCACCAAUCCUUCAUCAAUAAAUGGAUCAUCUAAUCUUACAACACAUUCUGGUGAUCUUACAGCUAAACAAUUUGCUGAUAUUGCCGGUAUCAAAAUUUUAUCUGAAGAUGACGGCACUGAUGACUCUGAAUGGAUAAAUGAUCAAGAUGAGGGUGAUGAUCUAUUGGUGGGAAAAGUAUCUGCAACACAUUUGACCAAAAUGACGGAUCAAGACAAAUCCUCAUCCAUAUGCACUUAUUCAACUUUACUUAGUCGAAAUGAAUCAACUGCAUCUAGUCAGUUACGAAAACAAUCUUCACUUCAAAUUUGGGAUUCUGCUUUUUGGCAUGAUGGAUUCAAUGAACAAUCAAAUUCAUUAUUAAGAAAAACAUCUGCUCCACCACAACGACAUAAAGACAAUCCUAUGCCAAAUAUUAUACAUGAAUUACGAAGGAUCAAUACCAUAUCAAAUGAAUAUCUUACAAACCAAUAUCAUCAUCAAUCUUCUUCUGUACAACACAAACGCUCAUGUGUUAUUAGGAAAGGACGUUUUGAGAUUAGUCUUGAAACAACCGAUUCAACCGAACCUGCAUCUACCACAACCUCUGGGAUUCAAUCAAAUUAAAGUCAAUGGAAUCAGAUGAUUUACGCCCUGGAUCAUCGGUUAGUCAAGAAUUAAAU